AUGGGCAGACUUCCCGACGACACGAACCCGGCGCCAGCGAGCGUCUCUGGCCAGAACUGCGCGAGUUCUUCAGACAAAGCGCAGACGUCUGCUGCAAAACUUCCGUUUCCAGAGCCUCCGCCGUGUUUUGGUUUGGGGCAGUUGACUCGCCACAACGCAAUGCAGUUAAAGCAGCUCAACCUCGCAACUCUCCCUGUCACCUACGGCGAUACGCUGUACGAACAGCUGCAGCGACACAGCGAGUUCUCUCGGCUUGGUUACUUAGGGGAGGUGAUGGUCGGCGCGAUCUGCUGUCGAGUCGAAGCCCCCGCCACGACGGCUCCAGGAGCCAAGAAGAAACACCGGCUUUAUAUCAUGACGCUCUCGGUCUUGAAGCCUUACCGGAGAUACGGCGUCGCCUCGGGCCUCCUGUCCUACGUUCUCUCGCGCGCGUCCCAGCCGCAGACAGGCGGCGUGGAGUUGGAGGACUGCUACCUGCACGUGUGGACCGAGAACAAGUACGCUCUGGAGUUCUACGAAAAGCGCGGCUUCGUCAACGAGGGAAUCCAGGAGGACUACUACACUGAUGUCUCACCUACGUCUGCCUACAUUCUGCGCGCGCCUCUCCCGUGGAUCUACGCUGACGCGAAGUUCGCGUCGCGGCACGCAGAUGAUUACGACGUCACUCAGCACAACCUUGUCGCCACUGCCCCGACUCCUGGAGGCAAGUAG